GCUCUGGUUUGGUUUGUGAUUUGGAAACUGCAUUAAAAGAAUCGAAAUAUGGUUCAGGAGCAAGGCAGUAUAUCACUGCCACAAAAGCGUUAUUACCGUCAAAGGGCGCACUCAAAUCCCAUUGCUGACCACUGUUUCGACUACCCUGCACACCCUGACGAUGUCAACUGGCAAGAGUUGUAUCCAAAUAUAACAACUGACCAACGUGUGGAAUUCGCAGAUAUCGGCUGCGGGUAUGGCGGUUUUCUUGUUACGCUUGGAAAAAUGUUUCCCAACCGGUUUGCUAUUGGUCUAGAAAUUCGUGUAAAGGUUUCAGAUUAUGUCAUGGAUCGUAUCAAAGCGCUACGAACUUUACAUCCAGGAGAAUAUAACAACAUUGCUUGUUUACGUACGAAUGCCAUGAAGUAUCUACCAAAUUAUUUCCGCAAGUCACAAUUAGACAAAAUGUUCUUCCUUUAUCCGGAUCCACAUUUUAAGCGCGCUAAACAUAAGUGGCGUAUUAUAAAUCAGGCCCUACUAUCAGAAUAUGCGUAUGUUCUGCGAAAAGGUGGACUAGUUUAUACAAUGACUGAUGUUGAAGAUCUGCAUAAAUGGAUUGUGCUUCAUAUGGAACAACACCCGCUUUACGAGAGAUUAACAAGUGAUGAGGAGAAUGCCGAUCCAAUUACACCAAAACUUUAUCAGAGUAGCGAAGAAGGUGCAAAGGUUGUGCGAAACAAGGGUGAACAUUUCUUGGCAAUAUUCAGACGAAUUUAGAAUAACUAAAUUUAAGUAAAGUAUCGGUUUAAUAUUUUAACACAAUAAAUAAUUAAAUUAAAUUUA